CAGGCGUUGGGUACAGGCCACCUCUUUCGACCCUCGGUGUGUUUCGUAGCAUGCCGUUUUACGCAUGUAGGUGGCGGUAAUGCACAAGUUGGCAAAGUUGUUUGCCAACGGCUAUAAAAAGAGAAGAAGAAGAAUCUGAUUCGGGAAGUGCAGAAGUGGCUGAUACGCUGUUCUUGGUGGAGAACCACUUCGCACUUUGAGAUAAUGGCUGAACCCAGAAUAUCCUCCAUUGAUGGGAAGUUAGCUGAAGAAUUUGCUGUUCCCUCCCAUGUUGAGGAGGUCAAGGAGAAGAUGUCUGCAUUUGCCAUGGAUCAUGUAGCGGCAGGUCGUAGGGUGGUUCUCAUCACAUCAGGAGGCACCAAAGUGCCUUUAGAGUCCCGCACUGUUCGCUUUCUUGAUAACUUCAGCAGUGGCAGACGAGGAGCUGCCUCAGCGGAGUAUUUCAUAGACUCUGGCUAUGCUGUCAUCUUCUUACACAGGCACCGCUCCCUCUACCCCUACACUCGUACAUUCUCAACCAUAAACAUGCUGGAUGCCCUGCAGCUCAGAAGUGGAGAAGCGGCAUCUGAAGUGGUGGUUAACCAGCAAGUGCUUCCGAACAUUGCCCAAGUACUGACGCGAUACCAGGAAGUGAAAGACAGUAGACUCCUCCUGCCCAUUGAGUUCAACACUCUGUCUGAAUAUUUGCAUCUACUCAAAGCAGCGGCACAGGCUCUCAGCACAAUAGGAUCCAAGGCUAUGUUUUACUUGGCUGCAGCUGUGUCCGAUUUCUACAUCCCAGCAUCUGAGAUGCCUGAACACAAAAUCCAGUCUUCCAAUGGACCUCUUCAACUCAGCUUGAACAUGGUCCCCAAGAUCCUGUCUCCACUGGUGAAGGACUGGGCACCUCAGGCAUUUGUUAUAUCUUUUAAGCUGGAGACAGAUGCAACCAUCCUGCUGGAGAAGGCUCGACGGGCUCUGGACACCUACAGACAUCAGGUGGUGGUGGCCAAUGUACUGGACUCUAGACGGGGUUAUGUGGUAGUGGUGACCGCUGAGACUCAGGCUGAGCUACUCCUCACAGAGGAGGAUGUGAAGAAUGAGGUGGAGAUAGAGGAGAGGAUAGUGAGCAACCUGACAACAGCACACAACAAGUUCAUAACUCAGCAAGUGGGUGGACAGUAAUCAUCUGCAUGUCUGAGUCAGUAAUGCAGAUUUAAGUGAUCUCGAGGUUC